GACCCUUCCCGGGGCAGUGGGAGGGAAGUCAGGCAGAUUGCCAAAACCUAGUGUAGACAAGGAAGAUCAGGUGUUUCCAAUGUGCAUCAUCUGGCAACGGGCUGGGACGGAAAGCCACCAAUGACAUAAAUAGGGGGCGUCGGGCGAUGAGCGUUGUUGCAAAACGUCUUGAUUUAUUUUAAAGAUUUAUUUUCACCCCUAGUCACUGUGUUGCAAUUUCAUUUCAUUUUUUUUUGCUUUGCGUGUGGCGGGUGCUCUGCUCGGUGAAGGUGACCAUGGCUUUUUCGCUGAACGACGAGAGUGGCACGGGGCAGGACUGCUGGGAUGUGCCCCGCUCCACAGACACCCCAGCCUUGUCCACCUGCAGUAAUGCUGACAUCUUCCGCAGAAUAAACGCAAUGCUAGACAACUCUCUGGACUUCUCAGGAGUCUGCACUACUCCAAUCACCAAGGGUCGCAGGGAGAAUGUGGGAGAUUUGAAUAAAACUGACCCGGGAACUAGCAGUAGGAUGUUGUUUCCUACAUCGGCACAGGAUUCCUCACGAGGCCUCCCAGACACUAUGGACCUAUGUUUGGGCCUCCAGUCCCUGAAUCUGACUGGGUGGGACCGACCCUGGAGCACCCAGGACUCUGAUACUGCAGUACCUGCUAGCUCAUCAGUUUUAGGCUUGCUCACCAAUCCACUGAGUACUCAGCUGCCUAGAACAUCAGUUGGGUUCCCAUCACUGGAUCCAAUAGGCUCAAAUUAUGUUGACCAGUUUGCGUCAUCUUUGCCAAAGCGAUUGGAUAGUCGUUCAGUGUUGGACUCUCGUUCAAGCAGCCCUUCGGACUCGGACACAAGUGGCAUCAGCUCUGGUUCUGACCCCCUUUCAGAGCUAAUGUCGAGCCUGCGCAUUUCUCCUCCAAUUUCCUUUAUGCCAAUGGGUGGAGCAAGCAGGGAUCCAAUGAAACGGGUUGGCAUGAGCCCUCGAAUGGAUCAAGAUCAAGUUUUGGGCCCAAAUCCAAUGAGCCCUAACCCCUUCAAAAGGUGGUCAGCAAAUUCAGGUUGGGCAAGUUGGGAUCUUUUGGAAAGCCCAGAAGAUCCUUUCAGUAUUGAAAAGGAGGCCAGACUGCAUAGACAAGCUGCAGCAAUGAGUGAAGCCACAUUUACUUGGAGAGGCCAGCUGCCACCCCGGAAUUAUAAGAAUCCGAUCUAUUCCUGCAAAGUGUUCUUGGGUGGUGUGCCCUGGGACAUAACUGAAGUGGGACUGAUAAAUACGUUCAGAGUAUUUGGUUCACUGAGUGUGGAAUGGCCGGGUAAGGAUGGCAAGCACCCUCGAUGCCCACCCAAAGGUAAUAUGCCAAAAGGUUAUGUCUACUUGGUUUUUGAAUCUGAGAAGUCCGUGCGUGCAUUACUACAAUCCUGCACACAUGACCUUAUGAGUACUGAUGGUGCAAGUGAAUAUUAUUUCAAGAUGUCAAGUCGCAGGAUGCGCUGCAAAGAGGUGCAGGUCAUACCUUGGGUCCUUUCUGACAGCAAUUUUGUUCGCAGCCCAUCCCAGCGCCUGGAUCCCAGUAAAACUGUUUUUGUUGGAGCACUGCAUGGGAUGUUGAAUGCAGAGGCCCUGGCAGCGAUCAUGAAUGACCUAUUUGGGGGCGUGGUAUAUGCUGGUAUUGAUACUGACAAGCACAAGUAUCCAAUUGGUUCUGGUCGAGUCACCUUUAAUAACCAGCGCAGUUACUUGAAUGCAGUUGGAGCUGCCUUUGUAGAGAUAAAGACUCCAAAGUUCACUAAGAAGGUGCAGAUUGAUCCAUACCUAGAGGACUCCAUGUGUCAAGCAUGCAGUGCCCAGCCAGGACCAUUCUUUUGCAGAGAUCCAGUCUGCUUCAAAUAUUUCUGUCGUUCAUGCUGGCAGUGGCAGCACUCCUUAGAGGUUCUCCGCCAUCACCGUCCGUUGAUGCGCAAUCAGAAGAACCGUGAUUCCAGCUAAAACUGCAGAAGGUGUGCGAUUUCUGAGUUGAGUGAGCUGGUAUUAGCUCAGACUGGGAACAGCAAUUAUGGACUGAAGUUCACUCCUGCACUUGCUAUUUGCUGUUUAAUAUUCACAAUCGCACUAUGCACAGUGAAUUCCAUGGGGUUUUGGGGCCCACCAAAGCAGUUCCCAGACAAAAGUUCUGCACAGAGGUGAUAGCCAGGUCUUGAAGGUGUUGAAGCAAAUGGCUUCACAUUUAGAUUUUUAGGCUUUUUUUACAUUCCUUGCAUUUUGACAAUGUUGCAAGUUCAUUACCUUUCCACUAGCGGUUGCCAUACAGUGCCUUUAAAUUUUUUUUCCCCAUCAGGACCGCAGAUACUGGUGAAUAUUCAGCCGGUUUUUUACUUGACUACAAGGCAGAGAAGAGUGCUUUAUUUAGCAAUCAAAUUCAAUAUUUUACGCUCAGUUUUUACAGAUGCAACUGCCUUUUUAAGGCUUCAUUUUUUUGACCAGUUAAAAUGUUUUAGUCAAACACAACCGUGACUCUUUCCUGGCGGCUUUUAACAUUUUUGUGUCUGGGGCUGCUAUUAUGGACCCUGGGUCAUUGUUGUAAAUCAAGACGUUUGCAACCAUUGGUGUGGAUUUAUGGAUUAGAAACUGGACUGAAAUAACGACAUUCGAGCUGCUGUACAUAGUUUUAAGAUGUUCUUUGCACUUUUUAAUUUGCACUAUGGGUAGGUAGAGGUUUUUAAUCACCAUUCUCACUGAUGUUUUUUUGUACUUGAGCAGAAGGGGUUUCAUGGCCGGGCCAGGCUGAGUUUCCGGUUUUGUCCCCUUUUGGGCAGUUGCUCAUUACUGUUGAAAAAGGAUGAAGCUAUUGCUGAGCAGCUGCUUGAGUCUCCCAAGUUACUUGAAGAGGUUUUUACUCUUGUGGUUUUUGAUCUGAAGCUGUGUGCCAAAGAACCAGUGUCCUUAACUUUUUUUUUGCUGAGCUGUUGCCUUGUCACCUGCCCAGCUGCUGUUGAGCAUUAGUAAGGUCUCUACCUCACUGUGGUGGUAUGCAGGUGUGACUGCAGUUACCUGAAGUUGUGGAGUAAGCUGUUAAUGUUGGUCAAAACUAAACCUGUUGAAGCAGAAACUAGUUUGAACAUGUCUAAUGUACCAGUACAGUGCAAAAUUUCUCACUGCUUCCACUCAACCAGAGGUACAAAGGAGCCUAUGUUGUACAUAAUGGCCAAAUGCCCCAGUAAUCCAUCUGCUGAUGUAUUGCUAAACUGCAAUGACUAAAUUGUAGCAAUCCUUCAGUGUGGCCAUGACCAUGGAGUAUACUGGCCAUUGACACCCAGACUUGCUGUAAGUAAAAACCCAAAUGGAAUAAAAACCCAUGUUCACAGUA